GGUUUAAGACAGCCCAAAUAACACUCUAUAAAUCUUUAUUGAUCCACCGCAUCUCUCUCUCUCUCUCUCAAAGUCUCGACGAGACUUCUCCGCCGCCGCACUCCCCCUCUCUCAAUCUCUCCGACUACUUCUCAAGGUUGGUAAGAUGGUUUCGAAAUUAAAGAAAACGACGUUGAGGAAACAGCAGAAGAAAAAGGUUAAUAAGAUUGCUGCUUCGGCUAAGAAGGCUGAGGCUGCCAGUACUGCUGCUGAUUUUUUGCCGUUAGAAGGUGGUCCAGCUAGAAAGAUUCCGGCGAGUGAGAAGAAGUCUGAAGACAGAGCUACGGUCUUGUAUAUUGGUCGAAUUCCGCAUGGGUUUUAUGAGACUGAAAUGGAAGGCUUUUUCAAACAAUUUGGCAAUAUUAAAAGGCUUCGAAUCGCAAGGAACAGAAAGACGGGAAAAUCAAAGAAUUUUGGCUUUAUUCAGUUUGAAUCCCCUGAGGUGGCAAAAAUUGUUGCUGAGACAAUGCAUAACUACCUCUUAUUUGAGCACUUGCUACAAGUUCAGCUCAUUCCACCCGAGCGAGUUCAUCCAAAAGUAUGGAAAGGUGUUAGCCGCUGGUACACAGCUCCGGACUGGGUUCAAAUUGAAAGAAGCCGACAUGACAAGGAAAGAACUUUAGAGGGCCAAAGGAAAUUGUUGGAACGUAUCAUGAAAACAGACCAGAAAAGGCGGAAGAGGAUUGAGGAUGCUGGUAUUGAUUACAAAUGCCCUGAAAUAGUGGGUAGCAAUCAACCUCUUCCAAAGAAGAUCAAAUUUGCCGAUUAGUGGUUUGGUUUCGUUGGCUCAGGUCCAAGCAUGCAAUUAGAAACAACAUAUAUUGCUUGUUAUGAUCUUAUGGCAAGGAUUCUUUCUAGCACAAAAGCAGAAGUGAAAAUUUGAAACGAGGUUGCAGAACAAUUUUGUUUUCCAGUAAUAUCGAGUUUUUGUGUAGCAGAGUUCAUGAAUCUUGUAACAUGUAGCUGCAAUGUUUGUAUAUCUACUACAGUGACCUGGCUUAUUUAAAUUUUCGACUGUUUGAUGCAUUACGAAGGAAUUGAAGUAGAAUUUAUGGACC